GGCCAACAUGCUAACCAGAUGUUCCACGUGGCUCCUUGGACCAAAAAACACUUUCCACUCGGGAGCGCGCGCCUGACGCAGUGCAGAGCCCGAGGCGCGUUCACGUACCGGCAGCAGCAGAAGGAGGAGGCGAUCGACGCUUCUUGGACGUGAAUGCAACACUGCACCUGUACCUUCCUUUUCCUCACACCCACUGGCAUAGCAGGUGUCAUCAUGAAGGCACGUCUAAGCAGGCUGGUCCCGUGUCUCAUGGCUCUGGUCUUGGUUCUCUACGUUCACCGGUCCCACACUGCGCCUGGUCUAACGGGCUCACAAAGAGAAGAUCCAGAAAAUGCUCAUCCCGUGGUGUUGACCAAUCCUUUUGGAUCAGGAGAGGAGGAGCGAAGGUUGCUGCAGCGUUACAUUGAAUUGAAUACAAAAGAUGGUGAAGAGAUCAAAACGUGGGAGCAAGAGGUGUUCUACUUGUUUCAUCUCUAUGACUACGACCACAGUGGACUCCUGGACGGCUUGGAGAUGAUGAAGCUACUGUCCGACUACAACUCCCAACAUGCACCUGAUGCACCGGGGAACGACAUGGUGGUGCCCAUGGUGGAUUUGCUGCUCCAGACUCAAGACGUAAACCAGGAUGGUCUGUUGGCUCCUUCAGAGCUGCUUUCUCCUUCAUUGACUCAAAUAGAGAAGGUGCCUUUGGACGAGAGGCUGUCAGACGUCGGCAACGACCAGGAGAUACUGGACGAAAAAAAGGAUCCUGGUGAACAUGGUCAGCCUCAAGAAGAGGUGCGACAAGAUGCGAGAGCAGAAGAGGAUGAAUUCAUCCAGCAUGUCGAAGAGCACUAUGGACAGCAAGUCCCAGAAGCCUUUGCAGCAGAGCACGGUGGACAUGAACGGGAAGUCCUUGCACAUCAGGACCAACAGGAAAUGUGAACACACAAACACAGUGCAAGACUAAUGACAUAUUUCUAUUCGGUAAAAGAAAAUGGGUCCUUGUGGCGGGACCCCUCAACAACAUGAGGGAGAGCCUCAUGCAGUUCAUCAAUAUGGACAAUUUUUUGGAAAAUACUCAAAAGAAUCAGAUGGUUGAAUGAAAAUAAUGCAAUACUGUAGUAUCCUAAAGCUUAAGCCAUAAUUAAUUAAGAUGAUUAUUUAUAAACCUUAUUUUUAAUUAUUUCAAGUGUUAUGGAACUUUGUGUGUAUUUUUCCACUGUUUGAGUUAAUGAAAGAAGAAUUUCAGGAUGGAAUGUGUACUUUUCUUAGGCGGUUGUUUACAUGUUUUGCCAGUUUAACACGUGCACAUGAAAUCAACCGCUCACUUCCGUGACAAGUUACUCAAACUCUUUUGAAUAAUAUGAAAUGACUGCUUUAUUAGCAUAAAUAAUUGGACAGAAUAAACACGCCACUGCACGAGGUACAAUUUGACUAGAUGUGAAACAGCAGUCAAUUCGGUCUUUAUCUGUAUUAUUGUGUUACAACUGGCCCUUUAGCUCUUUUUCUUUAACCCUUUUACGAAGAGAAAAUAAAACCUCUCAUUUUUCCGUCUGCCUUUCUAUGUCGGCUCCGGGGUUCGGUACGGGGUUCCGUACCUUUCAUUCUCAUGCCUACAAAACAUGUUGGGUUUGUAUUAAUAUUGUUCUGUUCGAGUUUUAUGGGACGACGUCAUGA